ACGAGCGCAGGGGCUGGCGGCUCGCGGCCGCUGGAUUGGUGCAGCCGGAGUCAAAUUGGCGCCAUUUUGAAGCCGAGAGGAGGACCUGGUCCGGCAGAAGGGGAGCAAGUCGGCCGUUAUUCUCCAAACUAGCUCGGGUAUAUUGGCGCCAGCUAUCGAAGAAGCCCGCUAGGAAAAACGGGAGCACCAAGUGGAGAGCAUGGCGCACUCCAAGACUCGAGCCACCGAUGGCAAGAUCACGUAUCCCCCAGGGGUCAAGGAGAUCUCAGAUAAAAUCUCCAAGGAAGAGAUGGUUCGACGGCUCAAGAUGGUGGUGAAGACUUUCAUGGACAUGGACCAGGAUUCAGAGGAGGAGAAAGAGCUUUACCUUAACCUGGCACUUCACCUGGCGUCAGAUUUCUUCCUCAAGCACCCGGAUAAAGACGUGCGGCUCCUGGUGGCCUGCUGUCUGGCAGACAUCUUUCGUAUCUAUGCCCCGGAGGCUCCCUACACCUCUCCAGACAAGCUCAAGGAUAUUUUCAUGUUCAUUACUCGACAGCUGAAGGGUCUGGAGGAUACAAAGAGUGCACAGUUCAACAGAUACUUCUACUUAUUAGAAAAUAUAGCCUGGGUGAAGUCAUACAACAUCUGCUUUGAGCUGGAGGACAGCAAUGAGAUCUUCACUCAGCUCUACAGGACUCUGUUCCAAGUCAUCAAUAAUGGGCACAACCAGAAGGUUCACAUGCACAUGGUGGACCUGAUGAGCUCCAUAGUGUGCGAGGGUGACACCGUCUCCCAGGAGCUGCUGGACACUGUGCUGGUCAAUCUGGUUCCUGCCCACAAGAACCUGAACAAGCAGGCGUACGAUCUGGCCAAAGCCCUGCUGAAACGGACGGCACAAGCCAUUGAGCCAUACAUCACCAACUUCUUCAACCAGGUGCUGAUGUUGGGGAAGACUUCAGUGAGCGACCUGUCGGAGCAUGUUUUUGACCUCAUCCUGGAGCUCUACAACAUUGACUGCCACCUCCUCCUCUCUGUUCUCCCCCAGCUUGAGUUCAAGCUGAAGAGCAAUGACAAUGACGAGCGCCUACAAGUGGUGAAGCUUUUGGCCAAGAUGUUUGGGGCGAAGGACUCUGAGCUGGCGGCCCAGAACAAGCCCCUCUGGCAGUGUUACCUGGGAAGGUUUAACGACAUCCAUGUUCCCAUUCGCCUGGAAUGCGUGAAGUUUGCCAGCCACUGCCUGAUGAACCAUCCGGAUUUAGCCAAAGACCUUACAGAGUAUCUAAAGGUGCGUUCACAUGACCCAGAAGAAGCCAUCCGGCAUGACGUCAUCGUGUCCAUUGUGACGGCUGCCAAGAAGGACCUGGCGCUCGUUAACGAUCAUCUGCUGAAUUUUGUGAGAGAACGAACAUUAGAUAAGAGGUGGAGGGUACGCAAAGAGGCAAUGAUGGGUCUGGCCCAGAUCUACAAGAAGUACUCUCUACAGGCAGAGGCUGGGAAGGAGGCCACCAAGCAGAUCUCCUGGAUCAAAGACAAGCUCUUGCACAUUUACUACCAGAACAGCAUCGACGACAGGUUGCUGGUGGAGCGGAUCUUUGCCCAGUACAUGGUUCCUCACAAUCUGGAGACAGCUGAGCGGAUGAAGUGUCUGUAUUAUCUGUACGCCACCCUGGACCUCAAUGCUGUAAAGGCGCUGAACGAGAUGUGGAAGUGUCAGAACAUGCUGCGGCAUCACGUAAAGGACCUGCUGGACCUGGUGAAGCAGCCAAAGUCCGAUGCCUCUAGCAAGGCGGUGUUUUCCAAAGUCAUGGUGAUCACCAGGAAUCUUCCAGACCCUGGGAAGGCCCAGGACUUUGUGAAGAAACUGGCUCAGGUUCUGGAGGAAGACGAGCGGAUUCGGAGCCAGCUGGAUACCCUGGUCAGCCCAGCCUGCUCCUGCAAACAGGCAGAGGCCUGUGUGAGAGAGGUCACUAAGAAACUGGGCAGCCCUAAACAGCCCAGUAACCCAUUCCUGGAGAUGGUGAAGUUCCUGCUGGAGAGGAUUGCGCCAGUACAUAUCGACACAGAGUCUAUCAGCGCCCUGAUCAAACAGGUGAACAAGUCCAUUGACGGCACGGCUGACGACGAGGACGAGGGCGUGCCCACAGAGCAGGCCAUCCGGGCAGGCCUGGAGCUGCUCAAGGUUCUAUCCUUCACCCACCCGGUGUCGUUCCACUCGGCCGCCACCUUCGAGUCGCUGCUGGGCUGCCUCAAGAUGGACGACGAGAAGGUGGCCGAGGCCGCGCUGCAGAUCUUCAAGAACACCGGCGGUAAGAUGGAGGAGAGCUUCCCUCACAUCAAGUCGGUUCUGCUACCAGUCCUGCAGAAUAAAGCAAAGAAAGGCCCUCCUCGUCAGGCCAAAUACGCUAUCCACUGCAUCCAUGCCAUGUUCUCCAACCGGGACACGCAGUUUGCACAGAUAUUUGAGCCCCUGCACAAGGGUCUGGACCCAGCCAGCCCAGAGCAGCUCAUCACACCGCUCACCACGCUGGGCCACCUUGCCAUGCUGGCGCCGGAGCAGUUUGCGGCGCCUCUCAAAUCCUUGGUGGCCAACUUCAUCGUUAAGGACCUGCUGAUGAACGACCGGAUGCCUGGCAAGAAGACAACUAAGCUGUGGGUCCCAGACGAUGAGGUCUCUCCCGAGACAUUGGCCAAGAUUCAAGGGAUUAAGCUGAUGGUGCGGUGGCUUCUGGGAGUGAAGAACAACCUCAGCAAGUCAGGCAACUCCACCUUGAGGAUGCUGACAGCCAUCCUGAACAGUGACGGGGACCUGACAGAGCAGGGCAAGAUGGGGAAGCCGGACAUGUCGCGGCUGCGUCUGGCCGCUGGCUGUGCCCUGCUGAGGCUGGCCCAGGAGGCCUGUUACCACGAGAUCAUCACCCUGGAGCAGUACCAGCUCUGUGCGCUCGUCAUCAAUGAUGAGUGCUAUCAGGUACGGCAAGCCUUCGCCCAGAAGCUGCACAAGGGCCUGUGCCGGCUGCGCUUGCCGCUGGAGUACUUGGCCAUCUUCGCUCUGUGCGCCAAGGACCCCAUGAAGGAGCGGCGUGCGCAUGCCCGCCAGUGCCUGGUCAAGAACAUCAACAUUCGGCGGGAAUACCUGAAACAGCACGCCGCCGUCAGCGAUAAGCUCUUCUCCCUCCUGCCCGAGUACGUGGUGCCGUAUACUAUCCACCUGCUGGUCCAUGACCCCGACUACGUCAAAGUGCAGGACAUCGAGCAGCUGAAGGACAUCAAAGAGUCUUUAUGGUUUGUUUUAGAAAUCAUAAUGGCCAAAAAUGAGAACAACAGCCACGCCUUUAUCAGGAAGAUGGUGGAGAACAUCAAACAGACCAAGGACGCCCAGGCACCCACCGACACCAAGAUGAACGAGAAAUUGUACACUGUAUGUGACGUGGCCAUGAACAUCAUCAUCUCCAAGAGCACCACCUACAGCCUCGAGUCGCCCAAAGACCCUGUCCUGCCAGCUCGAUUCUUUACUCAGCCAGAUAAGAAUUUCAGCAAUACAAAAAAUUACCUCCCUCCGGAAAUGAAACCCUUUUUCACUCCAGGAAAGCCAAAGGCGGCUAAUGUCCUGGGCGCGGUGAACAAGCCCCUGUCCACGGCCGGCAAGCAGCUGCAGACCAAGUCAUCCCGCAUGGAGACCAUCAGCAAUGCCAGCAGUAGUUCCAACCCCAGCUCGCCCGGCCGCAACAAGGCCAGACUGGAAAGCACCGAGAUGGAUCACAGCGAGAACGAGGACAUCACCAUGAUGAAGAAGAACGAUAAGCGGGAUGAGGCCGACGUGCCGCGGGAAGGAGACAAACCCCGAGGUCGGAAACGUGGUGCCGCUCCCAGUCAGGAUGAUGACUCUGUUCAGGAGGCCAAACCCAAGCGGGGCCGCAAGAAAGGCGGGACAAACACUGGGGUCCCGGAGGACCAGUGGGGAGAGGAGGCCCGUGUUGCCACAGGGGACAACUCCCUUGAGACAGAGGAUGAGCAGAACAGCCCGCCCAAGAAACCCCGAAGGGGGCGCCCGCCCAAGUCGGCCACACCCAAAGAGGAUACCCCCAUCAAGGGCAGGAGAGGUCGCAAGAAGGCGACCGUGGUAGCAGCAGAGGAAGGGGAGCUGGUGGCUGAGGAGGAGGAGGACGACGAAGACCGCAACAGCGAGAACAUGGAGGUGAAAGCCAAAGGGGGCAGGCAGGCGAAGACACCGCGGAGGUCGCAGCAACGGGUGGAGUCUUCAGAAGCUACAGACAAUUCAGCCCAGUCCACACCACAGAAAAGGAGAGGCAGGCCGCCCAAAUCCGCACAACAACCAGCCAAGAAAAAUGUGCGUGGGGGUCGCUCAAGAGCAUCGGCCGCCAAAGAGAAUGAGUCAGCAGACGAGAUGGAGACUGAGGCGUCCCAGCAGAGCGUGGAUGACGAGGAGGAGGAUGGGGAACAGGAGGAAGAUGGAGGUGACCACACCUUGCUCAAAGUACGACGGAAGGUGGGUGCCCGACGAGAUCGAAGAUGAGGGGGGGACAAGGAGGGAGAUAACGUGAGAUCAAGGACUGCAGUAUCCCAGGACGUCUGGUCUGUGCUUCAGAGACAUGUGGGUGCGAGUAAAAAUGGAGGUUGGACAUUGGCCCCUUUCAACUUUUGGACUUUGCCUUCUGAUGCCCCUUCCCCCCACCCCCCCCAGCCACCCCCGUGUUCACAAGCUUUCGCCACGCACAUUGAUUUCAUUAACUGUGGGUUGUUGUGCAUCGUGCUGUUCCCUGGCUGUGUAGAGAUAUAAACUAAAGAAAAAUUAAUGUAAAUAGUCUCUUUUAUGUCUUUUUUUUUUUUUUUUGACUGGGGGGUUAUUGUAUAGCUUUUAUCUAUCAGCUCAGCUUUAAAGCGCAACACCUGUAUUUUCGGUCACAAGAACCCAAGAAAAGACCUUCAGUGAUGCGUUAAAUGUCAUUUUCAAUUUCAAAAAUAGAUGAACAGUUUACAAUUUUUCCUACUUUGUGAGAUCAAUCAUGUGUCUUUUUUUAAAAAUUUCAUUCAUUUGUUUACUCCACUGUACAUUUUACCCACAGUGCUUUUAAAGGAGGGGGGGGACUAAAGGAAAAUACAGCACUGGUUUUAAGACGAUUAAAAGGACCCAGUAAUUGUUCAGUUUUACACUUCGUUAUGGACAAAGCAUUUAAAAAAAAAAAAAAGUCUUUUUAUCUAGUGCAUAAAAAUGCUUAUUAACUUCCCAGUCGGUUUUGCAGUCUGUUGUACCAAUAAAAUACCCUAUAGAAACUGA